AUGCCGCCUAAGAAGGAGGUUCAGCAGGAGAAGGUCCUCCUGGGGCGCCCGGGAAACAACUUGAAGAGUGGUAUCGUCGGUCUGGCAAACGUGGGAAAAUCAACCCUCUUCCAGGCCAUUACGAAAUCCUCGCUGGGUAACCCUGCCAACUUUCCAUACGCGACCAUCGAACCGGAAGAAGCCCGUGUCAUUGUCCCCGAUGCGCGGUUCGACUGGCUAUGCGAACACUACAAGCCCAGGUCGCAGGUGCCUGCUAACCUGACGGUCUAUGAUAUUGCUGGUCUGACGCGUGGCGCCUCCACCGGUGCUGGUUUGGGCAAUGCUUUCUUGUCUCACAUCCGCGCGGUCGACGCCAUCUUCGAGGUCGUGCGAUGCUUCGAUGAUGCGGAGAUCAUUCACGUCGAGGGUGAUGUCGACCCGGUUCGUGACCUCAACAUCAUCAGCGAGGAGCUGCGCCUCAAGGACAUUGAGUUCGUGGAGAAAGCAUUGGAGAAUCUCCAAAAGCAGACCAAGAGGGGAGGUCAGACCUUGGAAAUGAAGAAGCUGAGAGAGGAUGAGGCCACCGUGGCCAAGGUUCUCCAGUGGCUGAAGGACGGCAAGGAUGUCCGGCAAGGUGACUGGAACCCGAAGGAGGUUGAAGUGAUCAAUCCUUUGUUCCUCUUGACGGCCAAGCCCGUCGUAUACCUGAUUAACCUCAGCGAGAAGGACUAUAUUCGUCAGAAGAACAAGUAUCUGCCCAAGGUUGUUGAGUGGAUCAAGGAGCACUCACCGGGUGACCCUGUCAUCCCCAUCUCCGUUUCCUUCGAGGAACGGUUGACAAAGAUGUCUGAGGCUGAGGCUGAAGAGGAGUGCAAGAGACUGGGAACCAAGUCGGCUCUGCCUAAGGUCAUUGUGACCAUGCGUCAAGCUCUGAACCUGUACAGCUUCUUCACCACUGGUUCCGAUGAAGUCCGACAAUGGACGAUCCGGAAGGGUACUAAAGCACCACAAGCGGCUGGUGUCAUCCAUUCGGAUUUCGAGAAGACGUUCAUUCAGGCCAUCGUCUACAACUAUAAUACGCUCAAGGAGUACGGUGACGAAAAUGCAGUCAGGGCUGCAGGAAAAGUCAUGACCAAGGGCAAGGAUUAUGUUGUGGAGGACGGCGAUAUCCUCCUGAUCAAGGCAGGGGCUGCCAAGCAUUAA